CGCCAAAACUGCAAAACCGAGUUUUCUCGCCAAAACCGCAAAAACAAGUUUUUCCACCAUAACCGCAAAACCCAAUUUUUCCGCCAAAACCGCAAAACCCAAAUUUCUUGCCAAAACCGCAAAACGAGUUUUCCUGCCGAAACCGAAAAACUGAGUUUUCCCGCCGAAACCGAAAAACCGAGUUUUCCCGCCGAAAUCGCAAAAGCGAGUUUUUCCGCCAAAACUGCAAAGUAAGUUUUUCCGUCAAAAUCGUAAAAUCGAGUUUUCCCGCCAAAAUCACAAAAUGAUUUUUCCCGCCAAAACCGGAAAAUCAAAUUUUCCUGCCGAAACCGCAAAGCCGAGUUUUUCCGAUCGAAAACGGGUUUUCCCGUUUGGCGUAAACGAGAUUUUGCGAUAAAACAAGUUUUUCUAUAAAAUUGCGAAAUCUUAUUUAUAUAUUAAAACUGACAUUAAUGAUAUUAAUAUUUUACAUAAUAUUUUUUGAGUAAAUAAGAUAAUACUUUGGGUACCCAUGGGUAACCCUAUACCCUAUUGGGUUAUUUUUUGGGUUUGGAUUUCAAUCUUGAUGUUUCUGGGUUUUUGCAGGUUGGGUAUAAACUGGGUUGGGUUAUCUGUAGGUUGGGCUGGGCUGGAUUAUUUUACCCUACGUUAACAUCCCUAAUGAAGACUCUGACAGUCUGGGAUUCUUCUGGUUAAUAUACAAGAUUAUUCAAUCUACUAGUCAUAUAAUCAUAAAAGUCUCUUGCAGUCCUAAAAUGUGUAGAUAUCAGAGGAUCUACCCAUCCAAAGACUAACGCAACUAUAUAUCAUUACAUACCAAAAGAUCCAAACACACAGGUCAACCAUAUUAUAAGCUCAGCUCUGAACACUCUUAUAAGUUAACUAAGAUUCAAAAUUUCUCAUCAUGAAAGUGAUAGUAAUCCCACAACAGCAUAUGAACAUAUACUUUUUUGAAAAAUCAUCAGAGUUUCAAAAAGCACUAAAACCUUGUUUGAUUAUUAUAAGAUGACCCACGUUUUGAAGCAGAUGUAGAACAGUAGAUUCAAAACAAUCUAAUAUCAUUUGUCCCAAGAUUAGAAUAAUAUCAAAUCUGACUAACCGUGACAGAGAAAUGAUGUAGCAAGACUCGUGCGUUUAGGUUAAUAAAUGCACUAUUAAAUUCGUUAGAAUAUAAAAAAGCUGUUAAAUAACGAACUCAAAGGUAGGCCCCACAGAAGUUGCUAAUUAGUGGGAUCUCACAAUAGACACAAAACAAAACAAUGGACUCUUAGAUGACAACGUGAUCGCAGGAUUUCCAUCUCAAGAAGUCAGCAAAGAAUGACAAACUUGACCGAUUCAAAAUUCUUCUUUAUUAUUUGCAUUUUUCAUUUCUUUAAAAGUCGCACUUAACCACUAGAAGAACUCUCUGAGGGAUGUUUUUGGAGAAAGAAAAGAUUAUAUGUUGAAUUUUAAGCUUCUUCUACAAGUUCAAUUCAUCUUCUUCUUUUCCUGUUUUUCUCUCUAACUGAUUUUUGAAAAAAAGUGAGAUGGUCAAGAAAGCGAAAUGGCUGGAGAACGUAAAGAAGGCUUUUAGUCCAGAUGUAAAGAAGUUGAAACACCAAUCGGUUGAGGAGAGUGUCAUUUCUUACCCUGUACUGGUUGCAAGAUCCAGAAGCUCUCCUCCUCAGUUUGAGGUCAGAGUUGAUGAGGUCAACUAUGAACACAGGAAGAAGAAGAAUCUAUCUCCUCCUCCUUCAGAAGAACAAGAAAAUGUUCUUGGAGAUUCAACUCCUGAGUCUGUUCCUCCACCAGUUGCACCUGAUAGGUUUGCAGGGGAAGAAGCAGCUGCCAUCUUUAUCCAGUCUACAUUUAGGGGACAUUUGGCAAGAAGAGAAGCGCUGAGGAUGAGGAGGUGGGCUAGACUUAAGUUAUUGAUGGAAGGAUUGGUUGUACAAAGGCAAGCUGCAAAUACUCUUAGAUCUAUGCAGACUUUCACUCGUAUGCAGUCAAAGAUCCGGUCUAUGAGAAUCAGGAUGGCAGAAGAGAAUCAGGGUCGCCAUAAGCAACUCCUUCAGAAGCAUGCCAAAGAGCUAAGAGGCUCUAAGAAUGGGGUCAACAAUCAGUCCAAGAAACAAGUUGAAGCAGGUUUGUUGAAUAAGAACGAGGCGGCGACAAUGAGAAAGGAAAGGGCAUUGGCUUAUGCAUCCACACAUCAGCAACACUUGAAGAGCAACUUGAAACAUACAUAUACUAUGUUCAUGGAUCCUAAUAACCUUACUUGGGGUUGGAGUUGGUUGGAAAGGUGGACGGCUGACAAGGAGAGCUCAGAGAAAGAACAAACCAACACCGUUAAGCCAGCGGUUAAGACCUCGACUAACCGCAGCUCCCAUAGAGGAGAAACAACAAAAUCUUCAAACAGCAAAAAGCUCAACAGCUCGACUCAACCAAAUACCACAUCAACAUCAUCAUCAUCCACCACGAGCAAUCCCAGAAAGAACAAGCCAAACCCACCGGCCAUAAGACCCAAGACCACUGAUGAAAUCACCAAGAGCUCUGAUAAGAACCGUAGGCACAGCAUUGCGAGGUCAUCGGUUAGUGACGACGAAGGGCUGGCUCGACGUCGCAACAUGGUUCCCACAAAACCAGCCGAGGAAAUCCCCAAGAGCUCGGAGAAGAACCGUAGUAGGCACAUCAUUGCAAGGUCAUCGGUUAGUGACGACGAAGGUCUGGCUAGCUCAGUGGCUAGACGUAGCAAUAUGGUUCCCACAAAACCAGCACGUGUCAACCUCAAAGCCCAGAGCUCAGCUGCUGCGACCAAGGCAACCAAAGAGGAAAGUAAUGAUGUUUUACGGGAGAAAGCACCUGCAGCUAAGAAACGAGUUUCUCCUGCACCCAAACCUAGACGAUCCACAGCCCCGCCUAAGGUUGAAAACAGCGUUUUAAAAGCGGUGAAAACGCCGUGUGCUUAACCUUUGUAUUAUUUAUCUACCACUAUAUAUACAUUUUUGCACCAAGGAUGGUGUUCUGAGUUUUGUAUCAACUAACAUGCAAGCAAUACGAUGUUGGUUACAAGAAUGUGCAGCAUAAGUAUCUGUCAAUCAUAUAACCUUUUCUAAUGUUUUUUUCGAUAUUUUCUAUCGAUAUAUAGACUGUUGAAUUGCUUCAUAUAUAUGUUACAUUUAUCGAAUAGUUGAUGUUAUUAGUUCUGACUUCUGAGCCUGGAUCAAACCAUACCAAAAUUGAUUUGUAAACUGAAUUCAAGUAAACAGUUUUUUUUUGUCUCUCUUUCUUUCUUGCCACAUUGAAAACAA